AAGCAAGUUUAUCAGUACCCCUGUUGAUAUAACGCACAGAAUGAACCGAAGUCGAAGCCGAGGUGCCGAUACGAGUUUGGUUUAUGAAUAGCCGUGGUAAGGGCUUUUACCCCUCACUUGAAGUUCUUUAGACAGGUAGCUACUUCUUGUUCUUUUCCCCAGAUUUAUUUGUUGUGAAGUGUAAAUCCACUCCUGUAUAUAGAACAAUACUACCCAACAUGACUGUUCCAACUAUCCCAACACAGCAACGCGCUGCUGUUCGUCAAGGGGAGGGUGAAUCCGCUACCACGGCUAUCAAGAACAUCGACGUCGAAAAGCCCGGUCCUGGCCAAAUCCUGGUGAAAAUCAAUUGGACUGGCGUGUGCGGCUCCGACAAGUCCCUCCUGCACGACGACUGGAAGGGUUUCGGCGUGAGUAUGUUACCCCAGAGUCAUGGAAUCGCAGGACACGAAGGGGCCGGCGUUGUUGUUGCUGUUGGGGAGGGUAUGCAGAAGCGGUGGAAGAUCGGAGACCGGGCGGGAAUUAAGUGGAUUGCGAGCACCUGUGGUGAAUGCGAGUUCUGCUUGAAUGGUAAUGACGAGGUUCAUUGCGAGAAGCAGAUUAAUAGUGGCUUUUCCGCACCAGGGACGUUCCAGGAAUAUUGUCUAGUCGAUGGGAGGUAUACCUCGAAGAUUCCGGAUGGGGUGACGGAUGAAGAAGCCGGGCCGAUCAUGUGUGGGGGAGUGACUGCUUAUACGGCUUGUAAACGAUCCGCCGUCAAACCAGGACAAUGGCUCGUUCUCCCCGGAGCUGGGGGUGGACUGGGUCACCUGGCUAUUCAGUAUGCACGAGCAAUGGGCAUGAGAGUCAUCGCUAUUGAUGGGGGAGAUGAGAAGCGAGAUCUCUGCCAGAAACUUGGAGCUGAAGCAUACAUCGAUUUCCUGAAAUUCAAAGCCCCCGCAGACCUCAAGGACGAGAUCAUGAAGAUCACGAAGCACGGCGCGCACGGCGUGAUCGUGACGGCUGCCAAUAAGACCGUCUACGAGUGGGGACCCAUGUACCUCCGUCCCGGUGGUACGAUGGUUGUGGUAGGUCUUCCCAAAGACCCUGCCAUUCUUGCAGGUGCUCCGCCGCUCGUCAUAGCGUUAAGACGGUUGAAUAUCGUCGGGAACAUCACCGGCAGCUUGAAAGAUGUAGAGGAAGCACUUGAUUUUACGGCGCGGGGUAUUGUCCACCCAAUCCUGUCCAAGGGAAAAUUAGAGGAUCUGGAUUCGUGGGUGGAAAAGCUGAAGACUGGUCAGGUGGCCGGUCGUGCUGUAUUGCAAGUGGCAUAGGCAGUCAAAUGAGGCUAUUUAGCACAUUCUAAUAACAUUCGAUCAGUCCAAGAAACUGAACUUUGACGUGAACUUACAAUAUAACCAGUAUGGCCCAGACCCAUAAUUGGAUAAUCCGUGCGCCGUCGGCGACUCA